AUGCUGCGCCUCUUCAACCGCCUUCUCGGCCGCAACGAGAACACACUGCCACCCUUUGACUUUGCGCGCAACAAAUACCCAGCCAAGAAGAAAUGGCCGCCGAAUCUGCGCGCCCUGACGGACAAGCAGCAGUUCCGGUUCGAGCGCAAGUUCAAACGCCGCAUAAAGAUGAAGUCUAUACGGCCGCAAUGGAACAAGUGGACAAAGGUGGUGCAGUGGAGUCUGAUCAGCUUCAUCGUCGUCUACGGCGUCUUGUUCCACGACUUCCGAAAUGACCCGAUGAAUCCAAGGCCGGGCGAGCAGGUGUUUGAGGGAUUGAGGAAAAGGAUGUGGGGAUUGUUUGGGGGGUUCUAUACACAUACCGAAGAUCGGGCUCCUGCGACUCUUGUCUCUCCGGGAGAUAGUCGAGAACGGAAAGACGGUCGCGACUAG